AUGACGAGGUUCCCCAACUCUCAUCUCGCUCCGCCUGGGUUGAUCCAGAACCGACCCGUUAACCCAUCUUUCCAGAACGCAAACCUAAACGUUCAGCAACAGAUGCAACAACAACAGAGACCAAUGAUGAUGCAACCACAACAAGAACAAGAACAGAAGAAGCAGAUGACGCGUCCGUUGAAUCAAAUGGAGUUACAGUUCGCUUACCAAGACGCUUGGCGUGUCUGUAAUCCUGAUUUCAAACGACCUUUCACUUCUCUUGAAGAUGCUUGCGAAAGGUUGUUACCUUAUCAUGUUGUAGCAGAUUACGAAGCAGAGGAAGACGACAUGAUCCUCCAUUCAGACACAACAAGCCAGGGGAUGUCACGAAGUCAGCAAUGGGACGACAACAUUGCAGCCAAAGUGGGCGAAUUCACUGAUGCGUUUGAGAAACAAGUCCAAGCUUUUAAUAUGAUAACUCAAAAGAGGAGGGAUGGUGAGUUAAGAUCCGAGGAAAGGUUUAUUGUUGAGCAGUUUUUGCUCAUGGAGGAGAGGAAAGCAUGUAGUGAGGUGAAGUCGGAGCUGGAUAGAGAGAUGAAGGCACAGGAGGCGAAGUUGAGAAUGGCUGCUAUGGCUCAAGGAGGACAAGUGAUGGGUCACAAUCCGUUGAGAGGUAAUGCGUUUGGGAACUAUGGAGAACAACAGCAGCAACAACAAGGACGGUGCAUGAAUCCUGAUGAGAUGAUGAUGAGGAUGCGUAGUUGGAUGAAUAAUAAUAAUAAUAAUAAUAACAGUACUAAUGGCCAGAGAGAAGAGAAGGAACCUGUAGAAGACUUCUUGAAUGAUGAAGAAACUGGCCAACGUGAGAAUUGGAGAGGGAAUGGUGACUUUGAUUUGAAUACUCGGUAAAAAAAUGGAACAAAGAGGUUUGGUGAUCUAAAUACUUUGCAGAGUUGUAGUUAAAGCUUGAAAGGAUAGUGAGGGAUAAGGUGUUUCUUCUUCUUGACUUUGGUUAAUAAUAUUUACAGUGAAAGAAAAUGAUGAUGAUGA